CUCGAAUUUUCUAUCACUUGGAGAAUAGAUUGAAAAUUCAACGACUGGCCUAUUUCACUGAGCUACUCUGCUUUCUACAGUUACAAUUUUUAUCCUUACGCAAUUUCCCGAGGAGGAGGAAGUCCCUAAACGUCACGUGGUCUUUGACUUCCCUAUGAUUUCCUUCUUUCAGGAAGGGUACGGAAGAUGGCGAUUUCAAAUUUACGAGGAUUCCUUAACAAAAUAGCCGACGACAUAGGAUCUGAAGAUCUAGCUAGUUUAAAGUACCUUUGUGGUGACAAAUUGGCCAAAAGAAGGUUAGAAAAUAUAUCCACACCGAGGGAACUGUUUGUAGCCAUUGGUGAGAUUACCGAAGGCGAAGAGCAGCAGCUCUCUUUUUUAAGACAACUCUUUCAUAACGUUGGGAGAUUGGAUUUAAAGGCUAAAGUUCAACGUUUUCUUGACUCCAGAAAAGCAAAUGAAACCAGGACUGAUGGACAAUAUGCUCUACAGAACAAUUUCAACAACACAAUGAAUGGAAGAGCCUCAUCAGCUGUUUAUUCUGGUACAGGUCAAAGUUCAGUAUCUAUGUACCAUCGAAAUGAGAUGCCAGGUCAAAUAGGAGGCUCUGUCUGUGGUUCACCCUCUGUAUCUUUGCCAGUGGAAGGGGCCACUCAACAGGCUGGCAAUCGUUUGCAGUCAGACAUCGUUAAUGUUGUGACAGGUGUAGAUCAACAUGCUCAUCAGUAUACUCAGUAUCCUAUGGAAAAUAUGGCACCAUUUAGAAUUAAUCCAGUCCAAAGUUAUCCAGUCCAAAGCUAUCCAGCCCAACGUUUUCCAGUCCAAAAUUAUCCAUUCCAAAAUUAUCCAGUCCAAAAUUAUCCCAGUUUUGUACAAACUUGUGGUCCAGGGGAACAACAAAGACCUUCCUCUAGAGAAGAGCGAGAGUUUCCCCCUUAUAGCCAAACUCUUGGAGGGAAUCCAUCAGGUCAGCAACAGCCUACUUCUCAGCCAGAUUAUGGAGGUAAUAUUGUUGUGGAACAGCCGAAACCACCACCUGAAGUGCAGCCAAACCCCCUUGUGUACCAAACCCAACACAGUGUCCCAUUUGGUCAACAAGAGCAACCUUCUGAUAAGAUAGAACAUUGUGAAAACUCUCAAGAUCCUGCUGAAUUUCCUCCAAACAAUCAGAGAACAACUGUGGAUCCAGGAUCUCUUAUGACUUUACACUUGGGAAAUUCAACUAUCAGCAGCAAUGCACAACCUGUAGGAGUAAAUGACAAAGAUCAUCCAGAACAAUGGAGCUUAACAGUACAUCCAAAUGAUAUCAAUGUAGGAGCUUCCAGCACCUCAGGGUCAGGUAAAUUGCCAGGCAACAAUUCUGUCCAACUUGGAAGAAGAGAUGAACUAGACAGUCCAAAUCAAGGAGCUUCUGAUAUUCAUUUUGGUGAAACUAAUCCAGAGGAUCACAAAGAACAAGGAAGUUCCACAAUGCAUGUAGCUGAAAAUAGUUUUGGAUCUUCUAACACCUCAGUCUUAGCUAGACUGAGGCCAAGCAGCAAUCAAGCCCAACUUGGAGGAAAGGAUGACAAAGGCAAUCCAAAUCAAGGACUUUCAAGUACACAUUUUGUUGAAAUUCAUCCAGAAUCUUCUAUGGGCUCAGUCUCUGAUGACUUAACUGUUAGCAGUGUAGCUCAUGAUGUUGGAAUUAAUGAUGAAGAUCAUCCAGAGCAAGUUAGUGUAAGAGUAGACCCCACACUAAUGGCAAGCACUACAGGCUCCAGUCAAGUCACAAGAAGUUCAUCUUCAGAGAAAGUUCCAGUUGAAAGAGUAGACCCCACACUAAUGGCAAGCACUACAGGCUCCAGUCAAAUCACAAGAAGUUCAUCUUCAGAGAAAGUUCCAGUUGAAAGAGCUGUGUCAGUCAAUUAUGAUACCGAAGUUGCAGCACAUUUACAUCAGAAAUGCCCAGUUGAGAUGAGCUAUAACUGUUUUAAAAAAUAUUUCAGUAGUAAAAACAGUAAACUACUGGGUAAAGGAGGCUUCGGGAAGGUUUAUGAAGGUACCAAGAAAUUUCAUGGUCAGACUGUUGUCAUCAAAGAAGAGCACCAGACUUACUCUGGACUUCCCCAAGGUGGAGCACAAUUAAAGAGGGAAAAAAAAGUUGGUUAUAUUAAACAUCCCAAUUUGAUGCCCCUUUAUGCUUUUUGUGAGGAGGAAGGCAAACCACGCUGUCUUAUGUAUCCUAAAAUGCACACUGAUUUACAUAAGGCUCUACGAAAGCACUCAAAAGGCCAAAAAUUACCUUUUGGCAUUAGACUAAAGAUUGCCCUUCAUACUGCCAGGGGACUGCAUUAUUUGCAUACAGAAGUGAAAAACAAGAGAUGUGUAAGGCAGGAAAUUGUACACAUGGAUGUAAAGCCAGGGAAUAUAUUUCUUGAUGAACAGUUUAAUGCACGUCUGGGAGAUGCUGGAAUGGCUCAGGAGUUACCUAUGGAUUACUCUUAUGCAUCUCUCAGUCAGAUUCGUGGAACAACUGGAUACCUUGAUGCAUUUCUUAAAGAAAGACACUUUAAACCUGUUAAUGACAUUUUCUCAUUUGGAAUAGUGCUCCUGGAACUUCUCACUCAAAAGAGAGCUGUUGAAAACAAUGUGACCUUGUAUGACAAACUUUAUAAAGAAGGAGUGUUUUCAGAUGUAAAAAACUUAAUUGGUUCAGCACAGAAGGAUGUGUGGCCUGAAAGUGGAGAUGAAAAAGGUUUCACUGAAGAAUUUGCUAAUCUUGCAAUAAACUGUGUAAAACCACCAGAGGACAGAGAAAAACUGCCAAAUGUGUGCAAGAGACUAGAGGACUUACUGGACAAGAAAGGAGUCAGUAAAUAUUCCAAAGAAGGAGCCUAUUGUGUUUCUUGUCUACUAAAUCAUUCAUCAAAGUAUUUGGGAGUGAGGUCACAUGGCUGCAACACUGUUCAGGAGUGUGACUAUUUUUGUGCUACAUGUUUGAUGCAAGCACACCGAAACCCUCUGGAAUGUCCAUACCAUGGGCCUGCUGAACCUCCAAUUGGAGGAUCGGAUACAUAUGCAGUUCUAGUUUGUGGAAAUGACCCAGACUCACCAAAGGCAGCUACAAUCUUUCAACAUGAUUUAAUAGGCUUUAAAAAUGUUUUAACUGAUUGCCGCAUUGUUGGAGUUAGAAAAGAUCACAUAUUUACCAUUAAACCGAAUACAUCAAGAGGUGCAUCACAAUCCAACCUAGUUAAAAAAGCUCUACAAGACCUUAAACAGAAGCUUCAAGGAAAGACGAAUGUGUUUGUUUAUUUUUAUUUCUCUGGUCACAGUGAUCAUAAUGGCAACUUGCUAUGUUCUUCUGACAAUGAUUGCCUAACGGUGGAUGAUUUGGAAAAGCACCUAAACCUUCUCAGUCCCCAUGUCCGUGAAUUCUUGAUUAUUUUGGAUUGCUGCUUUGCUGAUGGCAAUAUUGCUUCAAAACAUCUUAAGGAUGAAAGCUAUUUAGUUCACAAGUCACCUAACCCAGUGAAUGUGGAGGCCCCACCACAUCCUCUUGAGUCACUGUGCAGUAAACUACGAAAGGCAAGUGGCGAUGAGAACUGUUGUGCUACUGACAAGAGUCCUAUUUCAAAUACAGAUUUAGACAUAGCAGCAACUGAUUUUAGUGCUGUGGAUGGGAAUGUGAUCCACAAAGCUCCAGUUACACCACCUUUUACCAUACGUCAGUGGUCUUCUUCAUCAUCUCAACAAUCUUCUUAUGCUUUGGCCAGAACAGGAAGCUUUCUGACACGCUUCAUAACUUGUGGGUUGCGUGGUGCACAUGAUUGUAAAGUUACAAACUGUAAAUUUUGUGGUGCAUUCAAAGCUCAAGCCAAAUCAGUGGGUUAUAUUACUGCUUCAAACCUGGAGGAUUUCUUCUCAAAGCACGUGGAAGAAGCUGCCGCUAAAGCUGGUGGACAAAGGCAGCGUCCACGCAUACGAACACUUCACUCAAAGGACACAAUACUGGCUUUUUACAAUGAAGAACCAUUGUGUGAUGAGAUGGUGUUCAAAUCAGCUUCUGGGUAUACAGAGCGAAUUGUAGUUAAGGAGUUCCCUCUUCACCUUUUUGAUUUUCAAUGCAUGGUGUUUGACAAGGUUAAAGAUCACCUCCCCACUUGUGCCGAGGUAAAGCACCUUCAGAUUCUCUGUGAUGAUGAGGAAAUUGGGAGCACAUCUUAUGUAGACCUCAAAGAUUACCUUAGACAGGGGUAUGAUGUCAGAUGUCAGUUAAGGCCAUGUUAUAGUAUUGUAAGAGGUCCAGUGGUUGUUGAGAUCCAAACUUACAAGAAUCAGGUUCUGACUCUUUUGAACUCUCUUCAGUUGUCAAGAAAUGAACAACAGGAUUGUGUUACCUUUGAGAUGAAAACUAGUGAGAAAUCUCUCAAUGCUGAGGAUGUCAGAGAAUGCUGUGAUGAAGACCCCAACCUCAGUGGUCUUAAGGAAAGCUCUGUGGGAAAAUCAAUUGCAGUGAUUCUGACAGAGGCAUCUGUGCACCAAGGAGUGUUAGAAAUAAAGGUUUCAGACCAAAGCAUGGACUGCUGUUUUACUCAGCAGGAUUGAACAGUACACCAUUGAAUGUCAAUAAUUGAAUAUGUUCUGUGGAAGGUUUUGAACAACUGAAGAUUGCACCUAGAUUUGUAUUGACAACACUUAGAUUCUUAUAUCUUAUAUCAAUGAUCGGUCUCUAAAUGGGAAGAAUUUUGAAUUUUACCUUACUUAUAAUUCAUUUAGCUGUAGUUAGUGAAGUCUGAAAGUACGAACAUCAAGAAUUUAAAUGAAAGUUUGACUCUUUGAAAGAUAAGCCUACUCUUGCUGCAGCAUGUUUUCUAAAAAUAUUUAAUGGUUGAGUUAAUUAUUUCAUCAGUGUAAAAAUAUUUGGAAAUAACAAAUUAUAAAUGAUAUUGGAAUGCAUGCUGUAAUAAUUGAUAAGUUGCACUUCCAAUAAUUGGCUUAUGGCUGCGUUAUAUUUGUUUUUAGAAAACUUGAGUUUAUUUCUUUGCCAAGGCUUGAAUUACAAAGAAAUACAGUGGACCCCUUUCAGCAUGUUUCACUUGUCCAGUCAAAGCUCCCACCAGCCAUUAUCUGUUGAAAGCAAAAAAAUUGUGUGCAAUUUACAAUCACAGGUAAUAAUCCUUUAGGGUGGACAGAGUGUAAGUGUGAAAAUCCAAUCUGGAACCAAAACAACAAUAACACUGCAUUUAUGCAAGGUCUGCAUUUACUUAAAGAAUUCUCUCCUUGCAUUAAAAGAGUUUUCAGGGUAUUUAGUAGACAUGUGA